AUGCUCUGUGGGAAACGUCUCAAAAGUGCCGUAAGCAUUGCAGUGCACUCAUUAACCGCUACACGCACCGCAAUGAUUGCCACAACACAUACAUAAAAGAGACCCGCAUUUGCGAGGAAGCCGUAGAGAGUAGAAUCACUGAAUGUCACGCCGUCUCUAAGUCCCGCUUGGCGCUCAAGGACCGGCCUCUUGGACAGAUUGAUUCUUACAAGAAAAUUUUUGCACUGAAUGGCAUCUCUUUGCCAAGUGAGGACCACUUCCAAAAUUUAAAGCUACGAGGUGUCUACAUGCACACCCUGACCCAUCAUUGUCUGGUAAGUACUUCGCCCAAUGAAGAUCAAUCUUUAGCAUGUGCUGACAUGAAGGCUACCACCAUCACAAGAAUGGUGCGUUGCAGAGAGUCUGAAGCGGCUGCAACCCGCCAGCAUUCAGCCUGAAGCCACUGCUGGACCUUCAAACUUGCAGACCGCCACUCACAGCGCCAAUCCCGUCGCCACUGUGCUGACGGCCCCUGCGGACAUUCAUUUUUGGCCCCAGCUCCAAGGCGAUGGCUCUACUGGCUUUGGGUUCCCUUUGCAACCUGCGCGCAUUGCUCCGAACAAUAUGCGGGGACCUCCGGUCGACUGGACUCAGCUGCUGGCCGAUCAUCAGUUCAACUUCAACCCGUAUGCCUUCGGCCCUUAG